AUGCCCAAUUGGGAGGAGCUGAUAGCGCCAGACGGGGAAUCGGCCGACGACGACGAUGAAGAGGACGAGGAAAGGGAGCUCUCGAGCGUUUUAGGCCUGCCGUCCGAUAUCGAGGAGUGCGAUCGCGCCGAGUAUGAACUAAACAAGGUGGCGGAUCACGAGCUGACGAUCAGGGUCGGGUUGGCGUUCGACCAGCUGGACGGGGUACGGCUCGCAGUGCAGUAUAGAGCUGCGCACCUGGAACACAAGAAGAAGAACGUGCGCGGGAAGAAGGCCAACGCGCAAGCCGAGAUAGAAAUUUCCCGGGCCGAGAAAAGGGCCCGCCUGCUUGGCUCGAGGUACAACGAAAACUUCUCGAGAAUCGCGGCCCUACGGGGUACGAAGUACAAACGCGCCGAGGACACGACGCCGGGCAAAUGGCUGCAAGCUAUCAACCUCGAUAAGGACCUCGCGAUCUCCAGCAUGGCGACACCACGUAGUCUGGGGGAGAGCACCCGGGUAGGCUCGUGGAUAUGGUCAGUUGGAGACCCUCCGGCGGGCUUGACCACAGCUGACAUGGUGCAGUGGUUUCGGGCGAAGGCCGGGAAAGAGCGUGCCGACGAAGCCGUAAACAAGAUAUGUGCAGAGUUCCGCCGUACAGCGAUGGCGUACGGCCAAUACUCGGAAAUGUGGCAGCAUGGGGCCUCGAGCGCCACAGGAGGGGAGAGAGCCUACGCUCUGAAGACGGCGGCCAUGUGGGCGCGAAUGCAGCGGCAAUGCACGGAGGAGUACGACGGGGCGCGUAGAGAGGGUGUGCCUCCGGACCGCUUGGAUCACACGCGGGUGAGUGUCCAUGCCCAGGUGUACGAUGUUUGCUGA